CGGACGGGGCCUCGGGGGCGGGGCAGCGGCUCCUGUCAGCGGGUGAAAUGGCAGCGGCGGAGCCGGCGGCGGCCGCGGUCCCGGGGGGCGGCUGAGGGGGCCGGGCCGGGGCUACGAGGCGAACGGCGUGGCUGGGAUCCGGCGGCGCAGCCGGGAGCGGCGAGGCUCGGCACCGCGAUGGCGGCGCGCUCGGCGCAGGUCUUGGAGAAUGUCCUUCCAGUCAGAGGGAACAGAGUGUGCACAGACAACGGCAAGAGGAGACCCAUGUGCCUGGAGGACUGAGUGUGCCAGGCAGGGAUGCAGAAAGAGACAGAGCUGUGAACCAACCCCGUUUGUGGCUAACAAGUUCACACACCAUGGCGAGCCCCACUCUGAGCCCCGACUCCUCAUCCCAGGAGGCCCUGUCAGCCCCCACCUGCUCACCCACCUCUGACUCCGAGAACCUCAGCCCCGAUGAGCUAGAGCUGCUGGCCAAGCUAGAAGAGCAGAACCGGCUCCUGGAGGCCGACUCCAAGUCCAUGCGUUCCAUGAAUGGCUCGAGGCGGAACAGCGGCUCCUCACUGGUGUCUAGCUCCUCGGCCUCCUCCAACCUGAGCCACCUGGAGGAGGACACAUGGAUCCUGUGGGGCCGGAUCGCCAACGAGUGGGAGGAGUGGCGGCGCCGGAAGGAGAAGCUGCUCAAGGAGCUGAUCCGAAAGGGCAUCCCGCACCACUUCCGGGCCAUCGUGUGGCAGCUUCUGUGCAGUGCCACGGACAUGCCAGUCAAGAACCAAUACUCCGAGUUGCUCAAGAUGUCCUCGCCGUGCGAGAAGCUGAUCCGCAGGGACAUCGCCCGCACCUACCCGGAACACGAGUUCUUCAAGGGCCAGGACAGCCUGGGCCAGGAGGUCCUCUUCAACGUCAUGAAGGCAUACUCGCUGGUGGACCGGGAGGUAGGCUACUGCCAGGGCAGCGCCUUCAUCGUGGGGCUGCUCCUCAUGCAGAUGCCCGAGGAGGAGGCCUUCUGUGUGUUUGUGCGGCUGAUGCAGGAAUACCGGCUUCGGGAGCUCUUCAAGCCCAGCAUGGCUGAGCUUGGGCUCUGCAUCUAUCAGUUUGAGUAUAUGCUGCAGGAGCAGCUCCCAGACCUCAACACCCACUUCCGCUCCCAAAGCUUCCACACAUCUAUGUAUGCCUCGUCCUGGUUCCUCACACUGUUCCUGACUACCUUCCCACUCCCAGUUGCCACCCGGGUCUUCGACAUCUUCAUGUAUGAGGGGCUGGAGAUCGUGUUCCGAGUGGGCCUCGCCCUGCUGCAGGUGAACCAGACGGAGCUGAUGCAGCUGGACAUGGAGGGGAUGUCCCAGUACUUCCAGAGAGUGAUCCCCCACCAGUUCGACAGCUGCCCAGACAAGCUCGUCCUCAAAGCCUACCAGGUCAAGUACAACCCCAAGAAGAUGAAGAGGCUGGAGAAGGAGUAUGCAGCUAUGAAGAGCAAGGAGAUGGAGGAGCAGAUCGAGAUUAAAAGGCUUCGGACGGAGAACCGGCUCCUGAAACAGCGAAUUGAAACCCUAGAGAAGGAGAGCGCUGCUCUGGCUGAUAGGUUAAUCCAGGGGCAAGUGACACGGGCGCAGGAGGCGGAGGAGAACUACGUCAUCAAGCGGGAGCUGGCGGUGGUGCGGCAGCAGUGCAGCUCGGCGGCUGAAGACCUGCAGAAGGCGCAGAGCACUAUCCGACAGCUGCAGGAGCAGCAGGAGAACCCACGCCUCACAGAGGACUUCGUGUCCCACCUGGAGACAGAGCUGGAGCAGUCAAGGCUUCGGGAGACAGAGACACUGGGGGCCCUUCGGGAGAUGCAGGACAAGGUUCUCGACAUGGAAAAGAGGAAUAGCUCGCUGCCCGACGAGAACAACGUGGCGCAGCUGCAGGAGGAGCUGAAGGCGCUCAAGGUGCGAGAGGGCCAGGCGGUGGCCUCGACUCGGGAGCUGAAACUGCAGCUGCAGGAGCUCUCGGACACCUGGCAGGCCCAUCUGGCCCGCGGCGGCCGCUGGAAGGAGUCCCCACGGAAGCUCGUCCUGGGCGAGCUGCAGGAUGAGCUGAUGAGCGUGCGUCUGCGCGAGGCCCAGGCCCUGGCCGAGGGCCGCGAGCUGCGGCAGCGCGUGGUGGAACUCGAAACGCAGGACCACAUCCACCGCAACCUUCUGAACCGCGUGGAGGCGGAGCGCGCGGCGCUGCAGGAGAAGCUGCAGUACCUGGCGGCACAGAACAAGGGGCUGCAGACGCAGCUCAGCGAAAGCCGCCGCAAGCAGGCCGAGGCCGAGUGCAAGAGCAAGGAGGAGGUGAUGGCGGUGCGACUGCGGGAGGCGGACAGCAUGGCUGCGGUGGCCGAGAUGCGGCAGCGCAUCGCCGAGCUGGAGAUUCAGAGGGAGGAGGGCCGCAUCCAGGGCCAGCUGAACCACUCAGACUCAUCGCAGUACAUCCGAGAGCUCAAGGACCAAAUCGAGGAACUGAAGGCCGAGGUGCGGCUGCUGAAGGGACCGCCGCCCUUCGAGGACCCGCUGGCUUUUGAUGGGCUGAGCCUGGCGCGGCACCUGGACGAGGACUCGCUGCCGUCGUCAGACGAGGAGCUACUCGGCGUAGGUGUGGGCGCGGCCCUGCAGGACGCCUUGUAUCCUCUGUCCCCGCGGGAUGCGCGUUUCUUCAGCCAUCUGGAAAGGCCGGCCAAGGACAGCGAGGGCAGCUCAGACAGCGACCCCGAUGAGCUGGCCGCGCCCUACAGCCAGGGCCUGGACAACUGAGGCUGUGCCCCAAGCGCCCGGAGGCGGGAGGCCGCAGCCAGGGGGGCACCCGGGCCGUCCGCAUUCUGCCCCCCACCUGCCGCACUUGACAAACUCCGUGCCUCUGUGGCUCAGCCGCCCCGAAAGCGAGGCCCAGCAAGGCAGCACAGAGGGCAGGGUCCGGCCUGGGGCUCCUCAGGACCCCAGGGCAGGCUCUCCCUCCUCAGCAGUGUUUACCCAUCUUGAUCUGUACCCCUCCAGGCCCUCUGGCAUUCUAGGGGUGCCUGGAGGGGCUGACUGCCCUCUUAACAGGAGGGCAGAGGGCUGGGGACAGACGACCCAGAGGUCCCAGCACUGAAUGAGCAGGCAGCUCCCAGCUCCCAGCAGGCUUCCUUCUGGGACAGGGGCGGCACAACUGGGAAGCACCCAGAAGCUAGAUGAGACGUGAGGAAGGAGGGCGCCAGCUCUGGGCUGGACAUCAGCACCCCACGACACCCUUGGGAGGAGGUGACCCUUGACUAGCCCCUGGCUGUCUCUAGGGGAAUCAGGCUGCUGGGGACAGAAGGCCAGGCCGGCCUCUCCUGCCUGGUGCAGGCACCAUGGCCCCUGCAGCAGAAACCAAAGUCCCCCCUACUGUGUGCUGGGCCGCCUGGGGAGUGAGUGGCCAGCGGGAAGUCUCCCUGCUUCUCUGGGGCCAGAGCAGCUUCAAGGAAGUGAAGAGACCCUUCUCCCCAGCACCCUACAUCUUCCUCUGGGACACACUCGUGCCCCGUAUCCUGGCCAGUGAUGGAGGGGUAUCUCUGUGGGGGUCCUUGGCCUCCAUCAGUAGUACUUUCCUUUCUUCCUGUGUCCCCAGCCCCACCCUCAGCCAGGGCCAGGCCCCCGGGCAGGACCUUCCCAGUGGAGUGGCCUCCCCUAACCUCCUCCUGGUGGUCCCGUGGUCUCUGCUGAAUCAGAGCUGAGAACGGUGCCAAAAUCCAACGAUGCCCCCCAGGCCCCUUCCUCCCUGCUCCCCACCCCCCUGGGUCUCAUGACCCUGGGGGCUGACCCCCUCGGUGCUCCUGGAGCCUCCAGUAGAGUAGCGUCACAAGCAAUCUCCCUGGCGCUUCCUAGGGUGGGGACCCCUGCUCUGUCCCCCCUUCCUGCCCGCCCACUCUUCAGUGUUAUGAAGCCUGGGGACUGGGGCAGGCACCCUCGGGGCUCUCCCACACGUCCCCCACACUGCCCACCACCAUUUUGCACACUGCCUGUUCACUCCACAUGUCGCCCAGGCAGAAAGAUGGAAAAUAAAGUGUAUUUACAGAGUCA